CUCAUUGAACAUAUACCAUGGCAGCUACCAAAGCCUCCAAAGAGCAGAAAUACGACAGGCAACUCAGACUGUGGGGUGACCAUGGUCAAGAAUCAUUGGAGAGUGCACACGUGUGUCUCAUCAAUGCCACUGCGACUGGGACGGAAAUACUGAAGAAUCUAGUACUUCCAGGUAUUGGAGCAUUCACCAUAGUCGAUGGACACACCGUUUCUGGGGAAGAUGUGGGAAACAAUUUUUUCCUGAGCAACAAGAGCAUUGGAAAGAACAGAGCGCAGGCUGCCACUGAGCUGCUUCAAGAACUUAACAGUGAUGUCUCUGGAAACUUUGUUGAGGAGAGUCCAAACAAGCUUCUGGACAACAAUCCAGAGUUUUUCAACAGGUUUACUAUAGUCAUUGGGGUCCAGUUGCCAGAAAGCAUAUGUUUGAGACUGGACUCCGUUCUGUGGAGUGCCUCUGUACCUUUCCUAGUGUGUAAAAGCUACGGCCUGAUCGGCUACAUGAGACUGGUGGUGCAGGAGCAUUCAGUGAUUGAAUCCCAUCCAGACAAUGCCUUGGAGGACCUGAGGUUACACCAGCCUUUUGCCGAAUUAAAGAACCACAUUCAGUCCUACGACCUCGACAGCAUGGACAAGAAGGAUCACAGUCACACACCGUGGAUCAUCAUUGUUGCCAAGCACCUGGACAGAUGGCUCAGUGAGCACAACCGCCAACCACCGAAAAAUUACAAGGAAAAAGAGGCCUUCAGACAGUUAAUCCGUGACGGCAUCCGGAAGAAGGAGAACGGUGGUCCAGAGGAUGAGGAAAACUUUGAAGAAGCCAUCAAGAAUGUCAAUACUGCUUUAAAUCCAACCAAGAUUCCUAGUACUGUUGAAGACCUCUUCAAUAGUGAGGAGUGUAACGACAUCACAUCCCAGACCCCGUCCUUCUGGGUGAUGCUGCGAGCUGUCAAGGAGUUUACUCUCAACCAAGGCAAUGGUAGCCUCCCUGUACGGGGAACCAUCCCAGAUAUGAUCGCAGACUCUCAGAAGUUCAUCAACCUUCAGAACGUUUACAGGGAAAAGGCCAUGCAGGAUGCAUCAGCUGUUUCUAAACAUGUAGAAUGUCUAUUGCAGUCUAUUGGAAAGCCACCAGAGAGCAUCUCUGAGAAGGACAUCAAAAUGUUCUGUAAGAAUUCAUCCUUUCUGAGAGUGGUGCGCUGCAGAUCUCUGGCUGAAGAAUAUAGUGUGGAUUCAGUAAAUAAAGAUGAAAUCACCUCAAGCAUGGACAAUCCAGAUAGCGAGAUGGUCUUCUACCUCAUGCUCCGCUCUGUGGAUCGCUUCUAUCAGCAGCACUCCCGCUACCCAGGAGUUUAUAACUACCAGGUGGAGGACGACAUCAGCAAACUGAAGCUCUGUGUGAACAGCUUCCUGCAGGAGUACAGCCUCAACGUCAACAUCAAAGAUGAUUACAUUCAUGAGUUCUGUCGAUAUGGUGCAGCAGAGCCACACACAGUUGCAGCAUUUUUGGGAGGAUCUGCUGCUCAAGAGGCCAUCAAGAUCAUCAGCCACCAGUUUGUGCCCUUCAACAACACUUUCAUUUACAACGCAAUGUCACAGACCUCCGCUACCUUUCAGUUGUGAAUAGAGUUGGGGAUGCUUAGUAUGCUGACAGAAUUUAUUAGAGAAAACGGUGCAAAAUCAGAAGGACGGAGCCCAGGAAGACUUGCAGUAGUUUUGUGAGAUCCUUGCAAAAAAUGUUAAGUAAAAAAACAAAGGAUCUCAAUUAUGGAGCAGACCAGUCUGCGAGGUUCAUAAAAUGUUAUGUUGAGAUUGGUCUCCGUUAUAAGGACAUUAAAUCAGUGCUGCUAAAUGCUGUGGACGUGCUGCAACAACUUAUUACAUCUGAAGUAUUCAUAAUGUAAACACUGGUGUUAAAUCAGGAGUUUAGUAGGUCUAAAUUGGUCUGCAAUUUAAAAACACAGCCUUGUCCCUUCCUGGUCUCUGAACGCAAGACUUACUUACAUAAAUAAAUCUAAACUGUAAAGCGAAUGUAAGAAGAACAGGUUUUAUUUAUACCGCGCAUUUGAAUGGGAUAACUGUCAAAAUGUGUGCACGAAAAAUGCCACUUGUGCUGAAUAUCAGAGGUCGAGAGUCUAUCGACCUUCACGCAUUUUGUGAUUCCUAAAAGUUCUUGAAGGGAGAAAUCAGGAUUUUGUUUACCUAAAACUUUUCUAGUGACGGAUUAAACAAAGCUGGAACUGAAACUUACAAAUUAAAAACAGUCAUGUGGUAUUUUCAUUUGUGAAAUGGAUUAAAUAUUAAAAUGUAGCAGCACUUUGUUUACUGCAUUCACAA